AUGACAUGGUACAAGAGUCUUCCCAACGAAUCCAUCACGUCGUGGAAAGGGCUCGGAAAGCUUUUCUCCAGACACUUCACGGCCUCCCGCAGGCAUCCGAAAUCGGAAGCUUCCAUGGAAGCCAUCAUCCAGGGGAAAGACGAAUCGCUCCGAGCCUACAUAGAGAGGUUCAACAAAGAGGUCUUGCAGGUGUCCACAACAGCCCACAUGAAAAAGUUCUUACUCGAACGAGGCCUCCGGCCACGUUCAGAUUUCUCCAAAGCCGUGGGGAUCGAGAUGCCGGCCACUUUGGACGAAUUUUUCCUCAAGGCACAGGCGUAUAUACAGUAUGAGGAAAAAGAAGCCGCUCACGCAGUCCGCAACUCUAGACAGGAAGAAAACACCAAAGGCACCUGUCAAGACGAUUCCCCGUCGGGGAUCCGAUAA